UUUGGAUACAGCUCCAAGACAGCAAAGGCACUGCAUGCCAUCUAGCAGCAGAGCACCUCCCAAAAGCCAGCAGAGCCUUCCAGUCUAGCCAUCCACAAGCUCUCUCCCAAUUCCAGCCUAGACACAUGAUGGGCUUUUCCCACGGUUCUGAAGAUGGACUAGCCCCGCCCCUUCUUCCUCCUAAUACCUGCACGAUCUGGAGACCAGGAAGUGUCCUGUUCAGAUUCAAUCAUACCCAGAGGCUGGGUGGGAGAAGGCAGUCCAGAAGUGUCUGCCACAGCCCAGUUCUUGGCCACACUCAGGCCUGGGCUCUUUUAUCUUCGGGUGAGUAGCCCACAGAAGGCGCGGCCUUCCCCACAGCCUGCUCAGCGGCUUGGCUCACAGGUUCCGGCUAGUCUGGGGCGGGACUUGGGAGCUGUGAGGGCGGAGACACAGACCUAUCUUUUAAAGUCCUGGAACUGGCCCCGAGGCAACCACCGCCCUAGGUAGUCCUGCGAACCCAGCAGGUCCUGGCUCCCUCCUUUGAACAUCUGGAGGGCGCCAUGGGCCGCUACUGCAUCCGUGUGACCACAGGGGCCUGGGUCUUCUCGGGAUCAUACAACCGUGUGCGGCUGUGGCUGGUUGGGGCGCACGGGGAGGCGGAGCUGGAGCUACAGCUGCGGCCCGCGCGAGGCCAGGAGGAGGAAUUUGACCUGGAAAUCCCCCAGGACUUGGGGCCACUGCAGUUCGUGAAGCUGCACAAAGAGCAAGCACUAGUGGAUGAUGCCUGGUUCUGCGACCGAAUCACGGUGCAGGGCCCCGGAGCCUGUGCCGAGGUGGCCUUCCCCUGCUACCACUGGGUUCAGGGUGAGGGCAUGGUGAGCCUGCCAGAGGGCACGGCCCGCCUGGCAGGAGACAAUGCUUUGGAUGUCUUCCAGAAGCAUCGGGAGAAGGAACUGAAGGAAAGACAGCAGAUCUACCGCUGGGCCACCUGGAAGGAAGGGUUACCCAGGACAAUAGCUGCAGACAGCAAGGAGGAACUACCUCCAAAUAUGAGAUUCCAUGAGGAGAAGAGGCGGGACUUUGAAUGGGCACUGAAGGCAGGGGCUCUGGAGACAGUCCUCAAACGUGUUUAUACCCUCCUGAGCUGCUGGAACCGCCUAGAAGACUUUGAUCAAAUCUUCUGGGGCCAAAAGAGUGCCCUAGCUGAGAAGGUUCACCAGCGCUGGCAGGAUGAUGAGCUUUUUGGCUACCAGUUCCUCAAUGGCGCCAACCCCAUGCUGUUGAGACGCUCCGCCUCACUGCCCUCCAGGCUGGUGUUGCCCUCUGGGACAGAAGAGCUUCAAUCCCAGUUGGAGAAAGAACUCCAGGAUGGUUCCCUGUUUGAGGUAGACUUUAUUCUGCUGGAUGGAAUUCCAGCCAAUGUUAUUGGGGGAGAAAAGCAGUACCUUGCUGCCCCCCUUGUCAUGCUGAAGCUGGAUUCCAAUGGGAAGCUGCUGCCCAUGGUCAUCCAGAUUCAGCCUCCCAGUCCCAGCACCCCAGCCCCAACACUGUUCCUGCCCUCAGAUCCUCCACUUGCCUGGCUCUUAGCCAAGUCCUGGGUCCGAAAUUCAGAUUUCCAACUGCAGGAGCUCCAAUUUCAUUUGCUGAACACUCACCUAGUGGCUGAGGUGAUAGCUGUUGCCACCAUGAGGUGCCUCCCAGGACUGCACCCUAUCUUCAAGCUUCUGGUCCCUCAUGUCCGAUACACUAUGGAAAUCAACACCAGGAGCCGUACCCAACUUAUCUCAGAUGGAGGAAUAUUUGAUAAGGCAGUGAACACAGGUGGAGGGGGCCAUGUGCAGCUGCUCCGUCGGGCAGUGGCUCAGCUGACGUAUGGCUCCCUCUGUCCUCCUGAUGACCUGGCUUCCCGGGGCCUGCUGGGAAUCCCAAGUGCUCUGUAUGCCCAGGAUGCUUUACGACUCUGGGAGAUCAUUGCCCGGUACGUGGAAGGCAUCGUCCAUCUCUUUUACCAGCGGGAUGACAUUGUGAGAGGGGAUCCUGAGCUGCAGGCCUGGUGUCAGGAGAUCACUGAGGUGGGGCUGUGCCAGGCUCAGGACCGAGGUUUCCCUAGCUCCUUCCAGUCCCAGGCUCAACUGUGCCAUUUCCUUACCAUGUGUGUCUUCACAUGCACUGCCCAGCAUACGGCCAUCAACAAGGGCCAGCUGGACUGGUAUGCCUGGGUCCCUAAUGCUCCUUGCACAAUGCGGAUGCCCCCACCUACCACCAAGGAGGAUGUGACAAUGGCCACUUUGAUGAGAACACUACCUGAUAUCCAGAAGUCCUGUCUUCAAAUGACCAUCACAUGGCAUCUAGGUCGUCACCAGCCAGACAUGGUGCCUCUGGGGCAUCACAAAGAAAAAUAUUUCUCAAGCCCUAAGGCCAAAGCUGUGCUAAGCCAGUUCCAUGCAGAUCUGGAAAACUUGGAAAAUGAGAUUACAGCCCGGAAUGAACAACUUGAAUUGCCUUAUGAAUACCUGAAGCCUAGCCUCAUAGAGAACAGUAUCACAAUCUGAGACCUAGCAUCCCGCCCCCGCCCCAAACCUGGGAGAUCCCACAGCUUUAGGAAUGACAUUUCCAUCUUAAUUUUAUGCUUUCCCAAGUUACUACUACAAAGGCUUUAAUUCUCCCCCAAUUAAACUCUCUUACAUCAGUAAUCCUACUCUCCUAGAGGGCACUAAUUUUUCUCAGUGAAGAGCCUAAGCGCACUUUAGGCAAUACAGUCUUUGCUACAGUUACUCAGUUUUCUCAUUGUAGCACAAAAGCACCCAGACAUUAUGUAUGCAAAUAAGUGAAUGUUUCAAUAAACUUUAUGG